GCGUCUAGCCAGCUCGAAGUGCCACGACUUCACAGCGGAGCAGGGGAUCCAGCGGAGUGAGGGGGAGACAAGUGAAAAAAAUCAAGUUAGCUACUUAGUUGGAUAUAAAGGUAGCUUUGUACAGAGGUCUCCCAUUUCUAACUCCAAUCUUUUUGUCCUCAGUCAUUUCCUUUUGAAGCGAGCAGACGUAGCGCAAUUUACUGAAAUGGACAUCUACGACCCCCAGACCCUUGGGAUUGUGGUAUUUGGUGGGUUCAUGGUGAUCUCUGCUGUUGGGAUCGUCCUUGUCUCCACCUUCUCCAUGAAGGAGACCUCUUAUGAGGAGGCCCUGGCUAAACAGCGAAAGGAGUUGGGUAAGAUGCAACCUGUCCGCACAGAGAAAAAGAAAAAGGAUAAAGUUUCGGAGAAGAAGAGUCGUGGGAAGAAGAAAGAAGAAAAACCCAAUGGAAGAAUCCUGGAACAGGAGAAGGCUGAAGGAGCUGACUCUGAAUCUGAGCCGCUCAUUGAGCCUACCGCUGCUGCAGCUGAAUCUGCUGCUCCAGCUCCCGAACCUGCCCCUGCUGUGGAGGCUAAGCCAGCUCCAGUGGCUGCAGAGACGCAGCCCAAAGCUGCAGCUGAACCUGUCUCUGUCCCAGAACCCCCACCUGUGCCCUCGCCUAAAGACAAGAAGAAAAAGAAGGUGGCAAAGGUCGAGCCAGCCUCCACCCAGCCAGCUCCAGUGGUGUCUCCUCCUGCAUCAGUGAAGUCCCCUCCGGCUCCUCCCACAACACAAGCUCCUGUGUCUGCCCCGACCAAAGCAACCACCUCAUCUUCUGCUCCGACCCCAGCAAAGCCGGCACCAACAUCAGCUAAACCCACCUCUAAUUUGGCCAAACCUGCUCCUGCUCCUGUUCCCACCCCCUCAUCGGCAAAGUCUACCCCCGCCCAAGCUAAACCCACUGCUUCCUCUGCCCCUGCAUCAGUCAAGCCCGCCUCUGCCACAACUAAAUCUGCAAUGUCAAGCAAGUCUGCUGCCGCACCAACCAAGUCUGCUCCAGCUCCAUCCAAAGCUUCCCCAGUACUGGAGACUGUCACUAAAGAUGUCCCAGUGAUGGCCGUUCCUCCUGUGGGAUCCCAGCAGGCUCCUGCUGCUGCUGCAGCCAAACCACAGGAGCCCAGGAAGAAGGCUUCAAAAAAGAAGAUGGAGCCUGCGGUUGUGGUGGACUCUGCCGACGCGCCACUCUACCUGCCCUAUAAGGCUCUGGUUUCCACCAUCACCAGCAUGAUGUUCAGUGAGGGAGAGGCUCACAGGCUAAUCGAAAUCCUGUCUGAGAAAGUCGGCAUCAUUCAGGAUGCCUGGCACACGGCCACUCAGAAAGGAGACCCAGUAGCCAUGCUGAAGAAACAGCUGGAAGAGAAGGAGAAACAGCUGGCAGCGGACCAAGAGGAUGCUUCAGCGGUGAAGAACCGCCUCCGAGAACUGACCAAGGAGCUGUCUGCAGAGAAGUCCAAGGUUGCCAGUGUUGAGACGAGACUGAGUUCUCAGCUGAGCAAGCGGGAACAGGAAAUGAUUGCUCUGCAAGCCCGAAUGCAGGCCAGUUACCAGGACCAUGUAGCCCAGACCCAGAGGCUCAACGCAAAGAUCGUGAGCCUGCAGGAGCAGCUGGAAAAAGGCCCCAACGCCCAACUCGCUCGUCUGCAGCAGGAGAACUCAAUCCUUCGUGAUGCUUUGAACCAAGCGACAAGUCAGGCUGAGAGCAAGCAAAAUGCGGAGCUGGCCAAGCUGCGACAGGAAUGUGCAAAGUUAACCAAGGAGCUUGGAGAGAAGACGGAAGGUCUGCUCGCCGAUGGGAUCAUCAAGAAAGGGCUGGAGGCCAAGCUCUCUGCUGCUGAGAAGCAGCUCUCGCAGCUACAGACCAGCCGGGCAGAAAGCGAGCAGUCGUUCCAGAAGCGACUGGAGGAGGUCAGCGAGGAGCUCAGAGCAUCUCAGAGUAGAAACAAAAGCCUGCAGGCCACUUUGGAGAAGACCCAGCAGGACAGCAGCUCACUCUCAGCAUAUCAAGCCCGUGUAGAGCGACUGGAAGCUGACAACGGAGAGAGUUCUGCUCGGGUUGAUGCCCUCACGGCUCAGCUGGAGGAGACGCGGGCCGAGAAAACCCGCCUGGAAGAGAAAGUAGCUUCCAUCAACUCGCUGCUGGAGGCCAAUCAAAGCAAACAGGAGCAGGAAAACAAACAGCAGGUGAACGCAGCAGAAGUAGAGCAGCUGAAGCUCUGCCUUCAGGACAAAGAUGGCCAAGUGGUUUCACUCCAAGAGGAGCUGAUGCAGCUGCAGACGAAGCAUAAAGCUGCGGAGAGCACCAUCACGGAACUGGAGCAGAGACACGAGAGCGAGGACACGAGCCUCGUCGCCUCUCUUCAGCAUGAACUCAAACACCUCAAAGAGGAGAUGGUGCAACUUAAAAACACAUCACAGUUGGACAGCUCUGCAGAGUUGGCACUACAAAACAGUCUGGCUGAGAGGGAUGCUCUUGUUGCAUCACUACAAACGGAGCUGAAGGAGGCAAAGGAAAAAGUGGCCAGUCAUGCUAAUGAGACAAAACAACUGGCAGCUUUCCAGACCCAAACCAAAGAGACUCUCCAGCUGCUGUUCCCACAGAUCCCAGUAGAGACGCAGCAGUCCAACUGGUUACAAGUGUUUACACAGAAAGCUCAGGAGUCCCUCGGCCAGCUGAGUCAACAGCCUCAGUCAAGCACGCAGCUGUCGGAGUUGCUGGAGAAACUGAAGGAAGCCGAGGAGAGCCACGGCUCCCUGCAGGCCGAGUGUGAACAGUACAGGACUGUUUUAGCUGAAACUGAAGGAAUGCUGAAACAUCUGCAGAAGAGCGUGGAGGAGGAGGAGCUGGUAUGGAAGUCAAAGAUGGCAAACUCCGAAGAACAGUUAAAGGAGGCCUUGCAGAAAGUUAGCUACCUGGAAUCGGACACCCGAAGUGUGGCACAGCUGAAGGAGCAGAUGAUGCUUCUGGAGGCCCAGCUGGAGAAGCAGACGGACAACCUGGUGACCUCGGAGGAGGUGGAGCUGCUGAACCUGCAGCUGUCGGAGCGUCAGAGCCAGCUGGACUUAGCCCAGAAGGAGGUCCAGGCCCACAAGGAGGAGCUUCAAAAGGUCAGAGAGCAGCUGGGUGAGGUGAUGAAGCGGACUCGGGGAGAGCAGAACGGCCCGGCUGAGGCCGAACCCAGUCAGGUCCAGAACGAGUUGAGUCAGAGAACAGAGAAGCUGCAGGAGGAGGCAACUCGGAGGCAGCAGCUCUCAGAGGAGUUUGAGCAGGCCCAGAAGACUGUAUCAGAACUUCAAGCCCAGCUGGAUCUCCUAAAGGUUUCUGCAGAGUCGCCACAAUCUGACACCGAAGAUGUAGCUCAGCUUAAGGAAUGCCUUGAGAAGGAGAAGCAGCUUUCCAAAGAUCUGGGCCAAGCGGCCACCAAGCUCCAGCAGCUUCUGAAGGCCACCCAGGAACAGCUGACCAAAGAGAGAGAGACUGUGAGAACACUACAGGAGCACCUGGAGCUCAAGGGGGAGUACGUGGAGCUGAAGGAAGGGACGUCCGUCUGAAAGUGGAGGACACUACAAAUAAAAACUGCCAAAUAUGCCUUAUGAUAAUUAUGCAUUCCAGAAAAAUGUUCUUGUACUGUAGUUUUGCAUUUGUUGCAACUUUAGGGAUCAAAUAUUUGUGUAAUGGACAUUUCAACCGUUCGAGAGAAUCAUGCUGCAAACUUUAUGAAACCCACAUUCCAUCAUUGAUUCUGACCAUGUCAGAACCUGUUUAUCCCCCUUUGCCUUAUGACCCAAACAUCUCCCCAUAGUUCAGUGUUAAAAGGGAAAGAGCAUGCACGUCAGACGUGCACCAACCUGUGCAAUUACUUUGUAUGUCUUUUCUAUGUGGUUGAAUGAUGGAGUACGUGUAGCUGGCUGACAACAUGAAACUUGUAUGAAUGAAUAAACUACAGUGUAGCACUAAAA